AUGGCAAACUACGACCAAGCCCCAUUGAACACCCCAGUGUUUGUCAAGUACCCAAACACCUUGCAGUUUCCAGGUUUCAAGAAGGAGGCUCUUAAAAUCCGCUCGCGCGAGCUUAGGGCCAAGGGCCACAAACUCGCUCUCCCUGCUAAGGCCGACUUUCGUGGAACCGUCAAAAUCCACGGCGCCAAUACCACUUUGGUCUUCCGCGACUGUAACAACCUCGCCAACGUGACUAUUCAAUCACGCAAUAAAAUCCUGCUUCGCCCCCCCGGAAAUGGUGAUGACAAUGGAGUAGCUGAAUUCCUUGCCGGAGUUCCCCUUGAUAACCUUGCCCAGUCCGUUUUCGGGGCUAAGAAGGCCAAGUUCAGGACUUUGAUUAUUGCUGGAGAAUUUGCCGGCAAAGGAAUCCACAAGGGGACUGGGGUUUCCGGGUUGGAGAGGUUUUUUAUGGUGUUCAACAUCUGUGUUGAUGACUUGUGGCAAGACAUGGGUCGUCUCUCCGAUGUCGCACUUCCCGGGUAUCGCGUUUUCAACAUCAUGAACUAUAAAACCUUUAAGGUAGCUAUCAAUUUGAACGCUGACACUGCCGCCGCCGAACGCCAGAUGAUGGAAUACACCAAGGAGGUUGCUAAUGUUUGCCCGGUCGCGAAAGCCCUUGGCGGGAGUGGUAUUGGUGAGGGUAUUGUUUGGACCAUGCUUGUUCCCAUCCGCCAUCAUCGCCCUAGCGUCCUUGGGUUUAAGACCAAAUCCGACAUCUUUCUGGCCACCGCCUACGCUCCCCGAGCUCCCCCGACCGCGCCUGUGACCCAAGAACCCAAGACUAUCGUGGACGAGUUUGUAAGCUACGCCGUUGGCCAGCGUAGACUUGAGCAAGGCGUUGAGUACAUGGCGGAAAUGGGCAUCCCGUUGAAGGCAGAGAAUGUCAAGAGCUUCACUAGAUGGGUUAUCGAUGAUACCCUCAAAGAGGAGGCCGAGCAAAUGAAGGUUACGAAAGCCCACCCUAGCUUGGUUUGUGUCAAGAUUGGGAAUCUAGCCAGGGAUUGGUUUGAUAAGUACCUCGAGAAGGUUAGUGUUGAGGGCAAGAAAGUCCAGGAGUAGGAUUGUAAGUAGAGCUGCAGAGCUGUAGAUUGUUACUUUUUUGUUUCGAAUUUGGGCAGAGCUAUCUUUUUUUUCUCUUUUUCUCUCUUGCUCUAUCAUUUCAUCGGAAUAGCUCCGUUAGGGAAUAAAAAGCUCUUGGGGGAA